CCAGCCAUUGAGGGCCACACACAGUCAGGCCGGAGUUAGUCAGACAGUCUCGUUGCGCUGGCCUAGCCGUUUGGACGUUUUGUCGUAUGUGUGAUUACGCCGCUCUCGCUCUUCCCGAGUGAUGCGAUUCUAGGGACUGCUUAGUGGACGCACAGUUUUAUGUCUGCCCUAGGUGUGAGAAGAGUGUGGCGCACUGAUGCGCGAUUUUGGGCUCUGUGCUGUGUUUCCAGAGUGGUUGCUGGCUGUUAAUCAACCGGUCAGUGUCCGGGUGCGAUUAAUUGAACGCCCCUCGCAAGUGUUACGAAUUGUUUUGGUGGAGGUUUAAUCUUUGGCGACUAACCACAAAAGUUUCUCCGCUCGUCCCGAUGUGAUCACUGUGAAAGCGAAAGAUGAUUUUGGGUGAUAUUUUGAAAGAAAAAAAAAAUUGCACCGCCUGGCAAGUGAAAGGAAGAUAUUAGCGCGGUGAGAUAACGAAGAUUCGUGACCAGUGCAAGAUUGAAGAAAGAAUGAUACAAGAAGAAACGCAGUGGAGUGAAACAAAUUAAUUGGUACUGAUUUAAUCAGCUGGUUUGUGUUUGUGUGUAUUAUUCCGAGGUGAGCCCGGCACUGCCGAAGCAUAUAGCCAGUGAAGCGAGAAAGGUUUUAAAAUAAUUUCAAUUAACAAAAUUGUUUACAAGAUUGUCUGGCGCAGUUCGACAGACGAGUUAAACAAGUGGGAAACAAAUUUGAACUACAAAGAGCAGGCCUGGCCUGAUUGGUAGGAACGUGAAUUCCAACGUUUCAUUAAGUCAACGAUCAACGGAUAAGCGAAAGAAGAGUAUCGCAAAGCAAGAAACAAGACUGCAUUUGACAGAGGAAAACCUAUUUUGCCGCAUAAAUUAAACAACCGUAAGUCGGCUGGUGGCUAGACUGACCGGCCAAAGGAGGAACUUUGAUGUACUUAUAAAUGCACAUAAAUUGUUCAACUGAAUCGAAAAUUCUGAACACCGGUGGUGCAAUGAUUCGAUAUUAGUGCAAAAAAAAACCCGAAGACAACGGUAAAAUCGCAACCCAUUAGGUGCAGUGAAUGAAAGUACGCGGUGAGUUUAAUCAAUUGGAAUGAAAAAUGAACCUUCCUCUUUGAGCACGAAAAAACUAUAAAUAAGUCAGUGACAACAACAACGAGGCACGGCAAGAAGCGGCUUCCCUACACAUUAAUAAAACAAUGAUAUUUAAACGCGAGCGUAAAAUAUGCAAAUAAAGUUUCAUAACAGAGGCGAAAGAUAAUGGACCAGAGGAGAAAAUAAACGUCACACAACUGUCGGAACCACGACGGUGGCGGGUUACAAGUCAGUCAGCCUGAGUUCGAGUGAAGAAAGAACAAAGCGACAGACCGAAGACAGUGGAGAGAAAGAAAAAAAAAAGAAACAGCUAUUGAUUUUCUAUUCCCCAUGCAUCGUUGCCUUUUGACAACUGUGCAACAGUCACGUUAGAGCGAAUCGUUUGAUGUUUAUCACAAAAGGAAGUUAGCCGAGGAAGAAUCGUGAUUAGUAGUAGCGCGCGUGUGCUGCGGAACGAAGUUUAGUUGUUUGAUAAGGAUGAGUUAUUCUCUCUGCCAUUGAAACUUUGCUUGGAGCAGAUCGGUUUAAUCCGAACGAAGAAGCCAGAGUUCAGAAGUGUGCUUUGAAGAAAACUACAUUCAUCAAUUGAAGUGUUUGUUGUGUACGAAAAGUGACGUAUAGUUUAUCCGAGUGCUUGUGAUAGGAAGAUAUUGUUGUUCUGUGCGUUAAUCAGAGGAGUACAAUACUGCUGCUAUCGCCGUCUAAAGUUUGAACCCGACAACCGAUUUUAACCGCAACUCUUAAAUAUUGGAUUUUGAGGAAUGGAGCAGUUAUUUAUUAAAAGGGUUAAAAUUUUCAUCAGCCGCCAUAAAUUAUCAUAAUGCAAAAUGGAGCUAUCAACGAUGGGAGGUCGUCGUCUGACCUCUCAGCAAUUACAGCAGCUUCAGCAGGCACAUCAGCAGCAGCAACUCCAACAUUUCCAACAGCUCCAGCAGCAUCAGCAACAGCAUCAGCAACAGCAGCAAAAACAACAGCAACAACAGCAGCAGCAGUUAUCCCAGGCAGCCAUGUUAUUUCAGCACCAACAGCCCCCCGGUCAACAGUUGCCACCGACGACGCCGAUGGGACCGAAUCCUUUGCAUCGGUCUGCGCCACGAUUUCACGCCUCCCGACACCGGAAGGAUUCCCUGGGGAAGGGUGUGAGCAAGUAUUUGUACCCGCCGGGAUCCCCCUCGAUGGGCACCAACGAGAACAUUUACCAUCCCCAGACACCUGCCAAUAGUAACAACAGCAGCACCGCCAAUAUCAACAAUAAGCACAAUCGCUACCCGGAGCCCGAUCCGGAUGUUAUCGAGGUUUACCUGGAGGACGAUCCGGUCAAGCUCAAAGAGGCGGUCCGCGAUGGGAAGGAGAUCAAAUGGCGCAACAACAUUGUGGCCACUAUGGAACGCUACGAACCUGCGCCAAUAUCAGCAGCUACUCUGCCAUCAUCCUAUCUGCAUCACCAUCAAUCCAGUAGCGACAGCAGCUGCAAUCCCGAGUACUCCUAUGCUUACUGCGAACCAAUGGUACUGAAGCAGCAGUCCCUGCAAUCAACACCACAACUGCAACAACAGCAACAACAACAACAACCAUCACCACCAACACAACAACAAUCGGGCCAACUACACCCGAGCAACAUCCCACAGAUACACAAAAUCUCCUCGUCGGUCUCGAGCAACGCGCUCUCCAAGCUGCCAUCCACCAAUUCUCUACGUGCCUUAUUGAGUAAGAGCUUUCGGAAGGGUUCGGUGUCCUCGAACUUGGCCGGGACGUCCAGCAGCGGCCUAGGGGCAGCAGGAAAUCCGCUCCAGGAGAAGCACACCUUCACCACCCGCUACGGAACUAAAGAGAACAUCUACGAAGACGUUGGAGCAGGCUCCAAUCUGGGCGCGAUGGCUGCUGCUAAGCCAGGCACAAGCAUGAAUUCUUCUUCGAUGCAAAGCUUCGAAUCGAUCAAUAAAUUCAAUCUGCACGAUGAACUGCGACAUGUGCAGAGCCAGCACGACCGAAUCAUUGGGGAGUUGAAUCUGUCGGUGGAAACGUUAAUAAUGCCCUCCAAGGAUGAGCAGGACGCGAUCGAGGAACGCCUAAACGAGAUCCACUGUGCCCAGUUUCACGAUGAAAUGUCCCAAGAUGACUGCAUAGCGGCCGGAUCAUCCAAUACGGCAGCGAUGAUCCACCUGCAGGAGCGACUGUCCCCGACCACUUCGCAGCCGAACAGUGGUGACGUAGAUAGUGGCAUUAGCGGCAGUAGCAGUAGUGGCGCUAGCUAUUCCAGUAGUAUGUUAUACCGGACCACCGCGAUGUAUACGAACAACAGCAAGACGGUCACGAUUAACGAUAAUGCCGACGGCAGCGGCUCCGGAACGUCCAUGAUAGCCGGAAGCAGUUCGAUACGGAGCAGUUGUGGUAGCAAUAGCGGUUGCGGCUCCAUUCCCAUCGGUUACGCUACAUGUGGAGGCGCUAGUUGUAGUAAAAUGGCUUCUAACGUUGUGAUACCUAACGCGAAUAGAUUAACUUGUUGUUUCUACUCCGAUAAGCUAAGCAAAAAUAGUAAAUGCAAUUCCGAGCACUUAAGCACACUUGCGGACAAGUCCAGCUUCUGGAACAAGUUGGGCAAGUUGAAAAUCUCUGGUGUAUUCGGUGGUGCCAACAGUAGCAAUAGCAGCUGCAGCUCCACCAGCAGUAGCAGUACAAACAGCCAGCAGCAUUUCCAUCCACCGCACCACAGUCACCAUCAUCCGCAUCUACACCACCAUCACAACCAUGCGCUCAUGAGCCAUACGCAUCCGCAAUUGCCCGGUCUGAACCAUUCCGUUCCGACGACUACGACGAAUACUGCCACGAUCGCAAGAAGCAACGAAGCCGAUCAACGUCUGCAUCUGCACCAUCAUCACCACCAUCAUCAUCUUCCGUCACCGCCGGUCACUGCGACCACCAUCGAACCGUGGUGGCAAACCCCGACCGAGCAGUGCUUCAUGAUGAAUCCUUCGCUAUGCACCGGUUGCAGUGGAGCCACCGAAGCCUAUCAGAUGCCUUGCGAGGUCUUAGUGCCACCCCCACAACCGCCGCAGCUGUGCUCCCUGUCGUCGAUCGGCAGCGGGGUGAGUAUCCGGCCACCACUGCCGCAACCACCACUACAAACGCAGAUCGAACUGGAAGAAGACGAGGAAGAAUCGAAAGCGGAAGAAAAUGCACAGUAGAGAAGAAGCAGAAGAAAAAGAAACCGUUCCGUUUAUGAUUGUGAUGCUUAACCCUCGAACGAGUAACCGUACUAAAUAGUAGCGCCCAAUUAUACGACUGUAAAUAGAGUAGAGAAAGCGCAGAAUUUUUGAAUUGUAUAGUAAAUUAUAACUGUCAUUUUAACACAAACAGCAUCUAUAUUGUCAACUAUGUAUAUGUAUAUUUUAGCAUCGAACGCUCGAUUGUCUUGUAAAUACAAACAAAUAGGAGAACCAAUUCGUCGAAAGCGAAACAAAUAAGGAAAAACAACUUUUUAUUAGUGUGAAUAGUUAGUAUUUAAAAAAAAAAACAAUACGAAUGUGUUGAAAAGAUCACCCACAGAAUGGUACUAAGCGAUACGAAUCGACACACGGACCAUCAAGUUGGAUGCUGUAAUCUUGUUUUUGUUUUUCUUUUCGUUUCACACCAUUAACCAUUGGUUGAUUUUGCGUCUCUGGCAGGAUGGGAUUUUAACGAAUAACGAGCAAAUUCAAAAUUGUUAACUACUUCGCUUAUGUUUUCGGGCAAUGUUUUGUGGCAACUUAGGUACGCGGAAGAACCAUGUCCGGAGCCAAAUGCUGCGCUCUGUUACGAGGUAAACUCUUGAGGUAAAAUCGAAGGUAAAAUAGAGAGAAAAAUUAAACCUAUCACAUUAUUCGGGCAGGCAGCGCGAACGAAACAUUCGCGCGACAGAGCAACAGGAAAAAAAAACACAGAACACGAGAAAGGAAAAUGCCAAAGAAUACAUUUAUUGAAGUAAUAUUAAUAUAUUUUUAUACUUAAUGUUAUUUAAAAUAAAUAUUUAGAAAGGAAAAAUCAUUGGAAAUGAAA